AUUAUGCUUUGUAUGAAAUUCAAAAGAUGUUACGUAGUUGUGGAAGGAGUUUAGAAGAAUUCCACUGCAUGCCAUUACCUGAUAAUAGAUUUUUAUUCAAUAAUACCAACCGGUUGGUAUAUGAUGAGUUGAAUUAUGACCGGGCAAAUUUGGUAGAGGAGCACAAACAUUUGCUGGGUAAUCUAACUGCAGAGCAAAGAAAUGUCUAUGAUAGGAUAAUGAAUGCCAUUGAUUCAAAUAGGGGUGGAGUCUUCUUUGUGUAUGGAUACGGUGGCACUGGAAAAACUUUCGUAUGGAUGACUCUUUCUGCUGCUAUACGUUCUAGGGGAGAAAUAGUAUUGAAUGUUGCAUCGAGUGGAAUCGCAUCAUUGUUGCUUCCAGGAGGUCGAACUGCGCAUUCUCGGUUCAAGAUUCCAAUUCAUCCUAACGAAGAUUCUACGUGCAAUAUAAAACAAGGUAGCGCUCUUGCUGAACUUUUGGUCAAGUGUAAGCUUAUAAUUUGGGAUGAAGCUCCAAUGGUCCAUAAACAUUGCUUUGAAGCUUUAGACCGGACUCUGCGUGAUUUUUUGCGGUUUCAAAAUUCAAGAAGUCAUGAAUUGCCCUUUGGUGGAAAGACAAUAGUGUUUGGUGGAGAUUUCAGACAAAUCCUUCCUGUCAUACCUAAGGGGACGAGGCAAGAUAUUGUAAAUGCAUCCAUAAAUUCUUCCCAUUUGUGGCAACAUACAAAUGUCAUGCGUUUAACAAAGAAUUUGAGGCUUCUUCAUUUGCCAGCUGAUGACGAGUUAGAAUAUUUGAUCAAGUUUUCUGAAUGGAUUGCAAGCAUUGGAGAUGGCACCAUGGGAGGACCAAAUGAUGGGUUUGUGGACAUUGAGAUUCCAGAUGAGUUUUUGUUAAAAGAUUUUGAUGAUCCUAUAGCCAGAAUGGUUGAAUGCAUUUAUCCUUCCUUUGAUGCUAUUCAUGAAGAUCCCAUUUAUUUAGAAAAGAGAGCAAUAUUGGCACCCACUCUACAAGUUGUUGAUUCCAUCAAUGACUACAUGCUUUCUUUAAAUGGUUCUGAGAUGAAGACAUACCUUAGUUCUGAUAGUCCGUGUAAAUCAGAUUCAAAUCCUGACUUUUUAGCAGAUAUCCAUACUCCAGAAUUUUUGAAUGGAAUAAAAGCUUCAGGAGUACCAAAUCAUGAACUGCAUCUUAAAGUUGGAACACCAGUGAUGCUAAUGAGGAACCUUGAUCAUUCUCAAGGGUUGUGCAAUGGGACUAGGAUGGUUAUUACCAGAUUAGGUAAACAUAUUUUGGAAGCAAAAGUUUUGACAGGGUUGAGUGCAGGUGAGAAGGUAUUGAUACCGAGAAUGUCUUUGACUCCAUCUGAUGUGAGAUUGC